AUGGACUUCAUUUUGGAAUCUGCAGAAUUGAAGAAAAAUGCAGGAGUGAACUGCUACAAUGUUAAGGCUCCUCGUUCUCAGAUAUAUCCUUUUAGCAAAACAAGAAUUAUUUCUAUGUGUGGAGUCUACAUUGUAUGGGAUGAAGUUGACAACAAAACCCCAUGUCAUGCUCCUCCUCCUUUGUGUAUGACUAUGACAGUUGGCAAAAAACCGCUUUGUUUCGCUGGUGUUGCGCUUUUCAUUAUACCCUUUGCUAGGUUUCAACUUCUAGAUAUCUAUUGGAAGAACGAGCAUCAUUUGAUGUGCACAUCUGAGAUCUGUACUGCAGCUGAGAGAGAUCGCUAUGAGAAAUCUGUGAAUCUACAAAGCCAAAGGAAUGUAAUUCUAUGUGCUAAAGCAAGUCUACUUUAUUGGUCUAUUCAGCGUAUUUGUAAAUAUUACAAGGAGAUCAAAAGUUUGGAACAAGUGGAGAAGAGGUACAAGGAUCAGUAA